AUGCUGCCCCGCUGUGCAGUCGGUGUGUGCCAUGUGCUUAUGUUGGUGCUGUGUGUGUCUGCGGCUGAGGACUUCGACUGGACAAAGAACCACCACGGCUCCUUCUAUUAUGGCACUUUUCCAGCUGGAUUUUCGUGGGGUGCCGGAGGUUCAGCCUAUCAAACAGAAGGAGCCUGGGACAAAGAUGGAAAAGGACUGAGCAUCUGGGACGUGUUCAGUCAUAAGAAAGGCAAGAUCCAACAAAAUGACACUGGGGAUUUCUCCUGUGAGGGCUACUACAAAGUCAAGGAUGAUAUUUCUCUGAUGAAGGAGCUGAGGCUUAACCACUAUCGUUUCUCUAUCUCAUGGCCUCGACUCCUUCCCACUGGCAUAAAAUCUGACCAUGUAAAUGAAAAGGGAAUACAGUACUACGAUCACCUGAUCAACCACCUACUGGAGAACAAAAUCACUCCGAUUGUUACUUUGUAUCACUGGGAUCUUCCACAGGUCUUGCAAGAGAAAUAUGGUGGAUGGCAAAAUAUAAGCAUGGUCAAUUAUUUCAAUGAAUUUGCUAACCUGUGCUUUGAGAGAUUUGGCGACCGAGUCAAGUACUGGAUCACUUUCAACAAUCCAUGGUCUGUAGCUGUUGAAGGUUAUGAGACGGGGGAACACGCUCCUGGACUGAGGCUGAGGGGAACGGGAGCAUACAGAGCUGCACAUCAUAUCAUUAAGGCACAUGCUAAAGUUUGGCACACGUAUGACACACAGUGGAGGGGGAAGCAAAAAGGUCUGGUUGGCAUCUCUCUGUCGGGGGAAUGGGGAGAACCGGUGGAUAUCAGCAACCAGAAAGACAUUGAAGCAGCUGAGAGAUAUGUCCAGUUCCACCUGGGAUGGUUUGCCACACCGAUCUUUCAUGGCGACUACCCUCAAGUGAUGAAAGACUUCAUAGGGAGAAAGAGUGUCCAGCAGGGCCUCGGGACGUCUCGACUGCCCACAUUUUCCCCUCAAGAGAAGAGCUACAUAAAGGGGACCUGUGACUUCCUUGGCAUUGGUCAUUUCACCACCCGCUACAUCACCCAAAAAAACAACCCAUCGGGCCGUAGCAGCAGCAACUACUUUAGUGACCGUGACCUGGCUGAGCUGGUUGACCCAAGAUGGCCUGACCCUGGUUCAGAGUGGCUCUAUGCCGUGCCCUGGGGUUUUAGACGUCUGCUCAAUUUUGUCAAGACUCAGUAUGGGAACCCAAUGAUUUAUGUGACUGCAAAUGGAGUCUCUGAGAAGAUGUUAUGCACAGAGCUUUGUGAUGAAUGGAGGAUAGUGUACUACAAAGACUACAUCAAUGAGAUGCUUAAAGCUAUCAAAGACGGAGUCAAUGUGAAGGGCUACACUGCAUGGUCGCUGCUGGACAAAUUUGAGUGGGAUGAAGGUUUCUCUGAGAGAUUUGGCUUGUACUAUGUGGACUUCAGGAACAAAAACAAGCCUCGCUAUCCCAAAGCUUCUGUUCAGUUUUACAAACGCAUUAUCAGCUUCAAUGGAUUUCCCAAUCAAAGAGAGGUUGAAAACUGGAGGCGAAAGGCAGUUGAGACGUGCUCUUCCAGCAAUCAGCUUCUAGCUGCAGACCCUUUGACCAGCCACAUGGAGAUGGUGACUGAGAUCGUUGUUCCCACUGUGUGCACACUCUCCAUUUUGCUCAGUGCCAUCUUCCUCAUGUUCCUGCUGCGGAGGCGUAACUAGGAAGGCUUUC